AUGGGCAAUGACAUGAACGUAAUUGUGUCAGUGUUCAAGACUCCAGAGAGAGUAGUAAUCCAAUUUGACAACAGCAAAAGAAGUGAUAACAUAUCGGUAUCACCGUUGGUAUUACGGGUAACGGGCCCAGUCUCGUAUGCAUCCGAUAAAGUUGUACCUUACAAAUAUAAUGCUUCUAUGAUUGAGAAUGGGCAAAAGGUUCCUCUUCCCGCAACAAAUUCAGUAGUGGUCAUUGUAGAUGUUGUUAAGGUGACCCGAAGUGGUGGUGUAUUUGACCCAGUAACUCUGAAGGUUAUGGAGGAUGUUGUGGUCAGUAAGAAGGCGGAUAUUCCUUUGGUUAAUCCUGUUAAUGCUCCAACUUGUCAGUCUGAAGCACAUAGAGAGGCUUUGCAAAAGGUGCUUGAGCAAGCCUAUGUUGAGCAUGAUGUCACGGUGGAUCAGUUUGAUCAUAUCAUUGCCAAUAUUACUUCGUGCAAUAAUUUGAGUUUCUGCAAUGAAGAGCUUCCCAAGGAAGGCAGGAAUCACAAUUUGGCCCUCCAUAUAUCCAUGAAUUGUAAAGAGGAUGCUUUGCCCAAUGUCUUGGUAGACACUGGUUCAUCUUUGAAUGUGCUACCCAAAUAUACUUUGGCAAGUCUAUCCUAUCAGGGCACACCUAUGAGAUAUAGUGGUGUGGUUGUAAAAGCGUUUGAUGGUUCCCAUAAAACUGUCAUUCGAGAAGUUUACCUCCCAAUUAAAAUUGGUCUGAGUGAUUUCCAUAUUACUUUCCAAGUAAUGGAUAUUCACCCAACCUAUAGUUCUUUAUUAGGUAGGCCAUGGAUUCAUGAGGUUGGUGUUGUCACGUCGACUCUACAUCAGAAACUCAAAUUUGUUAAGAAUGGCAAGCUGGUUAUCGUUGAAGGUGAGAAAGCGCUUUUGGUGAGCCAUUUGUCAUAUUUUACAUAUGUUGAAACUGAAGAAGUUGUGGGAAUUUCAUUCCAAGAUUUAUCUGUAGCUGAUGAGAUUCAGAAGACUAGGGCAUCCAUGUCUUCUCUAAAAGAUGCACGCGAAAUUGUUCAGGAUGGUGACAUAGACAAGUGGGGUCGUGUCAUGGAAGUCAUCGAGAACAAGAUCAGAGCUGGUCUGGGAUUUGAACAAGGGUCGUUCAAAGUAAAUGUCAAGGCUAUGCAAUAA